GGCCGACGCAACAGGGAGCCUUGAAGGAACUAAGAGGACCGCCGCCCUGCCACCUACCUCAGUAGCCGCCGUCCAGCUCCGUUCUGCCCCGGCGUUCGCAGACGGUUUUUGUAGCAACUGUUUACAAACCAUGCCUCUCCGCAUCCAGUGCCUCAGCUGAUAAAAGUUUUUAUGCACUUUAAUCUUCUACCUGCACCCUAAACUUUGAUUGGUACGCUGUGGAGUGGUACCUCAUCUUGUGGGCGCAAACAAGUGCUAGCCAGAGUCUUGUUUCGUCUUAGUAAUGUUCCAGAGGCUGAAUAAUAUGUUUGUGGGAGAACUCAGUAAUUUGCCCAGCCAAGAACCAGAGUUCAGUGAGAAAGAAGAAGAAGAGUGGAUUCUGGUAGAUUUUAUUGAUUCCUGUUCAAGCUUCUCUACUGCUGAUGAAGAAGAAGAGGAGGAAGUGGAUAACAUCUGCAAACCACCUCCUGAUGACCACUCCCCUAUCUUCUCUUGUCUGCCUGAUUCCUUGGACUGCUUGGCAGAUGCCAGCGAAUCCUGCUUCAUCCAAUUAGACUCAUGCCCCCUGGAAGAAAGCUGGUUCAUCACUCCCCCUCCAUGUUUUACAGCAGGUGGUUUAACCACUCUCAAAGUAGAAACCAGCCCACUGGAAAACCUGCUCAUUGAACAUCCCAGCAUGUCUGUAUAUGCAAUCCAUAAUAUCUGUCACAACCUCAACAAGAACAAUUGUGAUGAAAAAGAAGAACAGGAGGAGGAAGAGGAGGAGGGGGAGGAGGAAGUGGAAUCCCGUGAUGAAAGCAAUCAUAGAUCCGAAGCCCAAAGCAAAAUGGGCCAACACGUCCAAUGCUACAUUGCUGCACUUGCUGCUCAUUCAACCAAGAGUUUUCGUCCUUCCCAGUGGAUAAAAGAGUUCAGUGAAAGACAGUCCCUGAACAGAAACUGUCUCCGUCGCCAAAAUCUCACCAGAGAUCCCUACACACGGCAACUCAAGAACAGUGGAUUUUUUGUUCACCAGCCUUGCCAGCGUCAGUAUAAUUACUGAGAGUGUUUUGCAUUUUUCUCCCCAGAAAUAAUAUUGGCUAACUAUUGUGAGACAAUGAAGGUGAGAACUGUCUUAGGAUGCUCAUGAGUUGUUUUUACACAAUCACUGAGUGUUACAAUUCAGUUGAAAACCACUUUGAUUUCAGCGUCACAAAAUGCCUUUUCAAUGUUUGGUUGUAGCUGGUAAACAUAUAUGCAGUAUGUGUAGUAAUGUUUGUGUGAUUGUGCCUCUUUGCCUCCCUUUGUGAGACUUUAUAAAUUUUAUUAGGUAUGGAUGGGUUUGUUUGUUUUUUAUAUUAGUAUUUUACAGCCAAGAUAUAAGGCAUCUUUCAGCCAUCUUGUAGUUACAGAAUUUCUCAGGGUCACCCAUACACUUGCAAUGAUCUGUGUAUACUGUAGAUUGUCUUUUAAAAUAUUAACAUAACCAUCAAAAUACAGUUGCCUGAAUGGCAUUAUAUUCCUAAUAUGGAAUUUAUUUUCUAUGUAGCAGUAGAGGGAAGGUGAAGAGGAAAAAUGUGUAACCUGAUAUCUUUCUACAUAGCUUUCAAAAUCUCUGGUUUAGUAUGGUUUACUAGUUUCUUGUGCAAAGAAGGUAUUUUGUACAAUGUAACAGACCUACAAGUGAAGAUCAGUGCGAACCAGGUUUUGAAUAUGUAUUCCAGUCAUCCUAUUCUUAAAUGAUGGGGAUGGUAGUCCAAUAUAUCUAGCAUCCAGUUUGGGAAAGACUACUUUGAAGAACAAAAGUAAACUUUUCAUAAAAGCAGUGAUAAGCCAUGUUGAUUCUUUGGGGGGAAAUCCAAAAUCUAUUACUUGCUGAUAGUUAAAGACCAUUGAAAUUUAACCCAACAUUUUCUAGAACUCUCAAUCAGGUAAGAAGCUACAAAAAUGAAAGAGGGAGGAUGUAAGAAAGUUCCAAAAUUAGGCCAGAUGUCUCAGGUUUGAGACUUCAAGUUUAAAGUCAGUCCCAAGAUGACUAUAGAUUGAGUAUAGAUUCAGUGUUGUAUUUUAUUGGUUUCAGGUUACACCUGAUCUCCACAGACAAAGGAGAUGGUAUGAAAACACAAAGAUUAUUAGUGUGGCAAAGAGCAGAUAAAAUGAAACAUUCCUUCUUAUUGUCAACAAAGCUAACGAAUAAUUUUUCUUGGUGCGUUGGUCUAAAGUCAGUUACUCAAAACAAUGUAAUGUUACUUAGUGACUAUUUUACAACACAACAUUUAAUCAAAGGUUCUGGAAACCUAUUGAGGUUAAUAGAGCUGAAAUGCACAAGUCUUCUGCCCUGGUUUGUUUGAAUGAUUGCCCGUGUGGGUGUUGCAUUUUUUAAAAUUCUGUUUUAUUUAAAUAUGAGGUGUAGAAUGUUUUUUCUCCAGGUUUUAUUAAUUGUGGUUAGGCCAAAAGCUGCACCUCCAAUUUUGAACUGAUUUAUAAGCAUGAUCUGCCACAUUUCAGUCCAUUAGAUUCGAUCUACAUCAGAUUGAUGAAAA